CCGCCGAGGAGACCCCGCGGGCGGGAGGCAGCGCCGGGCCCCGAGGAAGGACGAGGGAAGGCCCCCCCGGGCGCGCUGCCGCUGCCCAUUAACCAUGGACGCGCAGUCCCUGGACGCAGCGGUGCAGGGUGCCCUCCGCGCCCUCUAUCCGCCCUUCGAAGCCACGGCCCCGACGGUGCUGGGCCAGGUGUUCCGCCUGCUGGAAAGCAGCUACCAGGGCGACGGGCUCCGCUGCCUGCUGGACUUCCUCAUCCCUGCCAAGCGCCUCUUCGAGCACGUGCGGCGGGCGGCCUGUGCUCCCUACUCCAACUGCAUCUUCCUGCACGAGGGCUGGCCCUUGUGUCUGCACGAGAAGGUGGUGGUGCACCUGGCACCGCUCAACCCGCUGCUGCUGCGUGCUGGGGACUUCUACCUGCAGGCAGAGCCCUGCCAGGAGCACACAGCACGCAUUGCCCUCAAGCACCUCUCACCGGAUCUGCACAGCGUGCAGGAGACGCCCGUCCCUGAGGCCGCCUACGCACUGCUCUUCACCAACGAGUGGCUGGAGGAGAUUAAUUGCAACUAUGCAGGGUCCCCCCUGCACACCUGCUUGGUGGCCACCGAGAACGGCAUCACUCCGUUGCCAUGGAGCAAGAUUGCCACGCCAGAGUUUGUUGACAAGCCCAAGGCUGGACCCAGCGGCACACCCAUGGCUGCACCAGGUGGCCCCAAUCCGGAGCCAGCGGCACCGACUGAGCCAGCGGCACCGAUCACACCCACACCCCAUGGCACAGCAGAGAGCUCAGCGCCCUACAGCAACAUCACUGACAUCGUCCUGGGCUGCAGGGACAGCUGGAAGCCAAACCGAGGGAGGUACCCGGGGCUGAUCAAGGUGGAGCAGGCAGGGUUGUGGCAGAAGCCGACCACGCUGGCCGUGCCCAGCCUGCAGGAGAUCAUCAGCCAGAACCUGGAGGGGGAGUACGUGGAGCUGCUGCAGCUCUCCCAGCAGGACCUGGGCCUCCUGGCCACGUCCCGCUCUGCAGCGGCACAGCCCUGGGUGGGCUCCUGGCCCUACAGGGGAGUCCCGAGCUCCCAGGAGGGUCCCUGCACCCCGUGCCAGAGGAGGAGGCUGAGCGGGGAGCCUGGGCAGCACGGCCUGCGCUGCCGGCACCGCAACUCCUACCUUGCCGCCCUGCAGAACCCAGUGAGCUUUGGCCCCACGCUGAUGGCGGCCAUCCUGGAGGAGCCCGACAGCCCCGCGCCCCUACCUGAGCCCUCUGCACCGGGUGGGAGCAGGGCUGGCACCCCCUGCCCCCGCAGGGCCCGUACCAGGGGGUCAGGAGGGCAGGCGGUGGGGCAGCGCAGCCCCCGGCUCCCCACGGCCCCCACUCGCUCGGAGGCAGCGGGCUCCGGCCACAAGUUCUCCUUCCUGAAGGGCCCUCGGCUUGGGGACGGCGCGGGCAGCCAGCACGAGGGCGGCUGGAGGAAGGUGUCUGCCAUUUACUCACCCAGGAUGGGCAGAGCCAAGCCGGCUGGGAAAGGUGCGGAUGUGGCAGCCACAGCCCCUGCAGAGGAACGGUCCCCGCAGAGCAUCACCAGCCAGAACGGCCCCUCCGUGCCAUGGCAGGAGCUGCACGCCGGCCUGCUGCACUCGGGCAUCGUCUGCCUGCCAGGUGGCACCGACAAGCUGGGCAGGGCCCUUCUGCAGGUGACCACCAGCAGCAGCGCCUGGGGAGCCGCGUGGUGCUCGGCUGCCGAGCUGGUGAGGCUGCUCCUCUGCCUCUGCUCCCUCCCCAGGAAGGAUGCAAAGGACAGUGGGCUGACAGCUGUGGUGGAUGCCAGGAAGCAGCCUCCCUCUCCCAUCCUGUACUCCGCUCUCCGCUCGGUCCAGAGCAUCUCUCCAGGCUGCAUCCACACCGUGCUGCUGCUGGCUGAGAAGGAGCUGCCCUCCCCCCGCGAGAGGCUGCCCGGGCUGCAGGUGGAGACCCUGACAUCGCUGAAGGCUCUGGGCCGCUUCGUUGACAGCUCCCAGGUGACGGCGGAGCUGGAGGGCACCUUCCCCUACUGCCACGGCGAGUGGGUGCAAUUCUUCCAGAGGCUGCAGCCCUUCACCGCCAGCCUUGUGCGGUCAUCGGAGCUGCUGCAGAGCUGCAUCCAGGAGCUUCGGAGCACUGACGGUGCGGCAGGGACGCAGGAUGUGGCCACGUGCAUCGAGAGGCACGAGGAGCUGAUGCGCAGGGUGCUGAGCGACCCGCAGCUGGUGCGCCUGCAGCGCGAGGGGGGGGCUGUGCUGGCCCGGCUGCGCAGGGAUGCUGCCCGGCUCCACACCUCACCGCAUGUCAGGGCCGGCAUGGAUGCGGCCGAGGCGCGGUACGCGCAGCUGGAGGAGGAGCUGCACCUCCUGGUGUCGCAGUCCAACAGCCGCCUGGAGCGGCUCGGCGCCCUGCAGAAGCUGCGGGAGCUGGAGGCCGAGCUGGGCGAGCUCCAGCACUGGCUGGAUGGGGAGGGAGUGGCGCGGCUGCGUGAGAUGGGAGCUGAGGAGUGGAGCCCUGACAGCUGCGAGAGGCCCGCGGAGCGCUGGAGCGAGUUCCUGCUGCAGGCAGCGGCCCGGCACCGGCACGGCCUGGAGCUGUGUCAGCAGGCAGACGAGCUGCAGGAUUCCGUGUUCCCCGAGGCUGAGCCCUUGCAGGCGGCUGCAGCCUUGUUCCGGACGAAGCUGAUGAGCUUCCAGCAGCGCGUGGAGCGGCGGCAGGCGGAGCUGGAAAUGCUGCAUGAGCUGCGCCGGUUCUCCAGCAAGAUCACGUGCCUGAACGAGGGCUGCAGGCAGUGCUCGUCGCAGGCGAAGCACGGCGGGGUCCCCGCGGGGCGGCCCGAGGCUCUGCAGCGCCUGGAGAGCUCCUUCCAGAGGCUGUCGCUGGAGUUCUCCACGGAGAAGCUGCAGGAGAUGCGGGCGCAGCUGCGGCAGAUGCAGAGCAGCAGUGGGAUGGGGGCCUGGACGGCAGCGUGGCACAAGUACCAGGAGACGCGGCAGAGCCUGGAGGCGAUGCUGGCCGAGCUGUGGGAGGGGUCUGCAGCCACCACUCCUGGCCAUGGGGCCAUGCAGGCUUUGGGGCAGCCCUCGGCCGGCAGCACUCGUGGCCACACCACGGGCGUGGAGCAGCACGAUGCAGCCCGCUCGCCUCCAAGCUCCCCGCGGCCGCGCUGCAGCUCCCUCCCGACGUGCGGCAGUGCAACCCCACCACGCACCAAGGGGAACCCACCCCAGCUCCGCAGCCCACCCCGCCGCGUGCCCCCCUCCCCGCCGCGUGCCCCCCUCUGCAGCAAGCCCCCAGCACACGGCUCAGCAGAUCCGCGGGCCGAUGCCGCCCAGUACUUCCAGGUCUCCAGCCACAGCAGCUUCUCCUCUGAGGACUCAGACACGCAGAACUCUGCUGAAGAAACCCCAGCGGGGAUCCCGGCUGUGGCCCAGGACCUGGGGCUGCCUGGCAGCCCCGAAAAGCCCCCCCCGAUCGUGUACCUGGAGAACCACCGUGCCACAGGGCUGGGCAGGGCAGACACCAAGUGAAGGUGACCCCUGUGCCCGGGCUGCGCUGUGGGAGCUCCAUGUGUGGGGACGUGCCCUGCUUGGGGGUGAGAUGUGGGCGCUGCUGCCCAGUGCUCAGAGACCAUCGGUGUUUCAGUCUUUCAGCAUUUAACACUCUGUGAAGUAGCCAUAACCUGACUUACCGGCCCUCACUGGGUUCAUCAUUAAUCUGCCAAGAGUGGCAAUCCUCCUGCAAAGGACAUUUAUCAGUGCCAGGACCAGCGGGCACUGCCAGCAGCCCGUGUCCCAGCGAUGAGCGCUACCACGGUGCCAUCCCGGUGACACUGACAACAAGCGCUUUGUUCGGACGCACUCAUUAACAUGCCACUAAUUAUAUUAAUGCCAAUAAAGCCCCUGGAGCAGUGGUCGUGGAGCACAGUGGGGAACUGUGUCCUGCUGGGUUCUGGGGUCCAGUGCUGCCGGGAGCCCCCACUGCACUGCAGGUGCCACGGCCCCAGUGCUGACCCUUCCAGCAGCUCGUGGUCGGACUCCUCAGCAUAAAGGCCUGGGGCAGCUCACAGGUGUCCUCCCCCUGUUGUUAGGGUUGGGAGAAUCAGCUCUGUCUGCGGCUCUCCCCCCGUCCCUCCCACUCCCUGGGCACGAUCCCUCCCAUCACCGUCCGAUCCCCAGGACGUGGCCCUGCCUGCUCCAUCCUGCAGUGCUGCAUGGGACACAUGGUGCAGGAGAGCAGGCGUGGCCGGGCCGGGGCGACCAUGAGCUAACCAAGGGAGCUCUUGCAAAACGCAAUAUCUCACAUAGAGACUGGUCCAGAAAAACACGGCCCCACUCCCAGCCGUCAUACGGGCACGGCUCGAGGCCCCACACGGUGCAGCUCCCCAGCUUAAAGGGCACAUGGUGCCCAUCCCAGAGUUUGUAAGCAUCAGUCAUACCCCCUCCAGCCUUGUUUGUGCCAAAGUGAGCUGGUCCCCGGGAGUAGGUGCUGGCAGCACAGUGAUCGGCCCCAGGACAUCUCUUCAAUCCGCUGACCCCAGCCCGACCCACCAACCCCACUCCCACCCACUCAUUUCCCUGGUAGCAUUUCUGUCGGUGCCUCCCUGCAAUCCGGAUAGCUGAGUCUAUCCCAUUCCUUUUGGCUUAAAGGGAAUGACCCCGCAGAGGUGCGGGUGGGUCAGUGUGACCCGCUGGGGCAAGCCCAGCUGGUUUACUCUGUUUUCCAGUUAUCCCCACGUCCAGAGUUGCACUGAGUUCCAUUGAUGCUGGGAUGGCUCUUUGCCCUUCUCGCAGCACUGCCGCAGCCCCAGCGCUGCUGAGAGACAAAAACGCUCGUCGGUACCUUUGUCAUUUUUAGGAUGGAUCGUUCUAAUUAAUUCCGGGCGCCUCCCAGCCCGGUGUGAAUGGAUGGCUGCAGCCACACCGGGUGGCAGCGGAGCGGGAUCUCAUUGGUGUCAUCAUAGAAUUCAGAUGAAAUCUCCCCAGCGGCCACGAGUCCAACCCCGUCUCGACUGUGGGGUGCUCCACGCCGAGAUGUUUCCCUGUGCUGUACCCACAGGUCACAUGAGGGCAGCACCCGGGGUCCCUGGGGGGGCUGGGGGUCCCGGCUGCGCCGUGAGCUUUGGUGCUGCCCCACUGCCCAGCCCCAGCCUGGCGCACGCACUCUGGGUUUUCUGUGUUGUUUUGUAACUCAGAGCGGAGCAGCAUUUCCCGUGGUAAAAGAGAAUCCUCUCCCAAACCCGGCUA